AGGAACGAAACACUCUUUUCGCCAGACACAGAUUGCUUAUCUUCAUGCGGAGGGCGGACAUCACGUGCGUACUCGCAACCGACGAGCGCGUUUCGUUCGUCGUCGUGGUGCCUCGCCGGAGGCGUAGUCAACGUUAAUCGGCGCCCCACUUUGUUCGACUGAACCGGCGACGGAACAAGGGGGGAUGCCCGGCUCCAUGGCUUCCAGCAAAGGCGGCGCCGCGCCCUUUGGAGACCACGUCGAAGUCGUGCAGGGCGACCGCAUCAGGCCGAAAGCCAUCUACCGCCGCCGACGGUUCCGCCUUAUGAAUGUGGACUCCGCACGUUAUCGGUGGCGAUGUAGUGUGUCUAGCUGCUCGUCGCGACUCAUGACCGACAAGUUCGGUGACAAGCAUGUGCUGUACAGCUUCAAGGAUCACGAUGAGGAUGAACACCGCGCUGCCGAAGGAAGGAGACACUCCCAUAAAACCUUCAAAAGUGAGGUAAUGAAAAAGAUCGGCGAAUUCCUCUACGUGCCGGAGAGGACUGUCGAAGACAUCAAGUGCUGGCGCUGCCGGUACGUCAGCUGCCCCGGACGGUGCCGCACCAGCCUCGACGGCGAGCACCUGCUGCACGGGCCAACGGCACACACGUGCCAGUCACUUGCCCGGGAAAAGCAAGCCAGGCCGCCGCACGACAAACCUCUCUCGAAUCAACACACGCCUGCAGAUCUAAGCCAGGGUGCGAAAGGCACCAGCAUAGGUGCUAGUGAACACCAACGGGAGCAGCCCAGGGACAAUGCAGCCGAGCAUGCGGAAGAUUUGUCAUUGUAUACCCCCGAUGUUAUCUUGUGUGAAGAGUAUUCGCCUCGCCCUCAAGAUUCGUCGGCAGCCGUUAAUGUGAGUGCCACUAAAUCGGAUGGAGAAGUAGCUGGAGUACCAGAGGCGGACGCAGGCCCAUCACACCGUGUCCCGAGCCUAUUCGGUAGUCAGAAACAGACCAGCGGACCAGGGAAACCUAGUGCGGCAGCCACGUGUGUCGAGGAAGUUGACAUGGUUGAGUCAUUUCACGAUGACAGCGACGAUGACGCAUCGGACGAGGAGGAUCGACGCUCGAGAAGAGGUGACGACGAAUACGAGGUCGAGGGGCAUUUGCGUUCACCCUUGAGAUGGGGUGCUCAGGCCAUCGGGAGUCCCGCGAAAUCCGUGCAAGCGCUGGAAAUGAUGUCCACCUCGUGCGCAUGCGCCGAGCAGAAGCUCCGAGUAGCUGUUUAUGAGCAGCUUUCCACCGUGCUAAGAAUGGAGGCAAAGUUGCUGAGGGAACAGAUGCGUAAUGAGGUCCGCAGAGGCAGGCUUCUCGAAAACCAGAUGAAGAAGGGCCCUCUGCGACAGAGUGAUUGUGCACCAGUCGGUUGGACCGCCGCUCCAGCAACUGACACAAAGGCGUAUGUGAAAGACAGUAAAGCGCAACACAGCAGCUCGGUGGCCACUCAAUGAGAUGCAUGUGGAAAGAGUAGGCAGCUCUCGUUACCGCUGUUCGCGUAUGACUGCUACGUGUGUGCGGCCAUAUGCCUCUAAGCUGGGUGACAAAAAAAAAAAACGUUGAAUAAUAAAGUGUGGAGAAUGUAUGGUAA